AUGACUACUGUAAAAAAGAUAGACAAGUUUUCUUCUAGAGCAGUUCCUGCAGUCUUUUUAGGCGACUUUACCACACAUAAGGGCUAUAAAACCUAUGAAAUACACACCAAGCAAUUUAACAUUAGUAGAGAUGUAGUUUUCAAAGAAGAUGUUUUUCUCUUUCGGCACCUUAACUCCAUAGGCUCAGCUCUAUUUACUGUACUAGAAUCCUCUACAUUUCUCUCCAUUCCACCUCCAGAGAGUCUACACACUUCUCUUCCUUCUUAUCAUUCUUCAAAUGCUCCAUUUUCACCUUCUCUCCAACCUACUGAAUCUUCCUCACCUGUACACUCUGAUGUAGGUGACUUUCCUUCUCUUGAUCUCUCUGAUGAGCAUGUCAAAAAUAGUGAUGCUUCUACAAGAAAAUCAGCUAGAACAAGCAGGCCUCCUAUUUGGCUCAAAGACUAUGUCACUCCUAGCAAUGAGAGUAUCCAUUAUUUUUAUCAUAUUUCUGACAUGAUCAGCUAUGCUAAUGUGUUUCCUUAUUUCGGUACUGCUUUGGCAGCCUACUCAGCCAUCACUGAACCUAAAUCCUACAAUGAAGCUAAAGAAGACCCCAAGUGGAUUGAGGCAAUAAAGUGUGAGAUUGCUGCUUAA